AUGAGCCUUGGUGUCUUCCGUUCCGCUAAAGCAGCCGCCACGGAUUUCUAUGCCAAAGUGGUCGAGCCAAACUUGGGCAUUUCACUUCUACUUACCUCACAAUGUCUUAACUCUGUGAUGAUUUUGACAUGCAAGCUCCUAGAAACUGAUAAGGACUGGGAUGAACCCAUCACACCUAUCCAGAUUCUAUUCGCCCGUAUGUUCAUCACAUAUGUGUGCUGUGUGCUCUAUAUGGUCAUCACUAGAAGUGUUGAGGAUGCUCCGUUCGGACCAAAACCGUUGCGCCCAAUCUUGGUGGCUCGAGGAGUGCUAGGAUUCUUGGGAGUUUUUGGGCUCUACUUCUCAUUGCAGUACUUGAGUUUGUCCGAUGCGGUCGCCAUUACUUUCCUCAUUCCCUUGGUGACGCCGUUCUUUGCCUGGAUUGCGUUGGGCGAACGCUACUCGGUGCUCGAGGCUGUUUGCGCUGUGCUCUCUUUUGGAGGAAUUCUUCUAAUUGCGAAACCAGACUUUAUUUUCGGCUCGGCUUCCAAGCUGGAGACCGGUGAUGACGCUGCAGAGUCAGCAUCCAGUGAGCUUCGAGUUCUUGCAACAGCAGUUGCCCUUGUAGGAGUCUGUGGCGCUUCCAGUGUGUACGUGGUGCUCCGUAAAAUUGGAAAAGCAGCACACCCGUUGAUUUCUGUGAGCUACUUUGCUCUUCUGACGUGUAUUAUUUGUUUUUUGAGCACCAUCUUGAUUCCUGGGCUCUCUUUCCAGGCACCAAAGACCUUCAAACAGUGGUUCCUAUUCAUGCUCAUUGGCCUCUCUGGAUUUUUUAUGCAAUUUUGUCUUGCCGCGGGACUUCAGAGGGAAAAAGCAGGUCGUUCAGCGCUUCUCAUCUACUCCAAUAUGGUGUUUGCCUUGUUCUGGGACUUUGUUAUCUGGAACCAUAUUCCAGGCCUCCUUAGCUUCUUGGGCACGGCUAUUAUUGUCAUCAACGCAUACCUCAUCAUCAAGCUUAAACCCUCGACUCCUGAGAGUCUUGGCGGCGAUGCUACCAAAGAUGGGUACAAGAAACCCUCUGAUAUUGACUUGGAGGACUUUGUUUUCAGUGAUGACGAGUCUCUUUAA